AUGUCAGACAAGAUGUCCAGUUUUCUUCAUAUAGGGGACAUUUGUUCCCUGUAUGCAGAGGGAUCCACCAGUGGAUUUAUCAGCACCUUAGGGCUUGUAGAUGACCGAUGUGUGGUACAGCCAGACACAGGUGACCUCAAUAACCCACCCAAGAAAUUCCGAGACUGCCUUUUCAAGCUUUGUCCUAUGAACAGAUACUCAGCACAAAAACAGUUCUGGAAGGCAGCAAAACCAGGAGGCAACAGCACCACUGAUGCAGUGCUCCUGAACAAACUCCAUCAUGCUGCUGAUUUGGAGAAGAAACAGAAUGAGUCUGAAAACCGUAAACUGCUGGGAUCAGUCAUCCAAUAUGGAAAUGUCAUUCAGCUGUUGCACUUGAAAAGCAAUAAGUACCUGACUGUCAACAAGCGUCUGCCUGCACUGCUGGAGAAAAAUGCCAUGAGGGUGACUCUGGACUCAGCUGGCAAUGAGGGCUCCUGGUUCUACAUCCAGCCCUUCUACAAGCUGCGCUCCCUGGGUGACAGCGUGGUAAUCGGUGAUAAAGUGGUCCUUAACCCUGUGAAUGCCGGACAACCCCUGCAUGCCAGCAGCCAUCAGCUCGUGGAUAACCCAGGGUGUAAUGAGGUGAAUUCUGUAAACUGCAAUACCAGUUGGAAAGUUGUUCUAUUCAUGAAAUGGAGUGACAACAAGGAAACUAUACUCAAAGGGGGCGAUGUUGUGCGUUUGUUCCAUGCGGAACAGGAGAAGUUUCUUACUUGUGAUGACCACAGGAAGAAGCAGUACGUAUUUCUUAGGACAACAGGUCGCCAGUCAGCCACAUCUGCAACCAGCAGCAAAGCCCUCUGGGAAGUAGAGGUGGUCCAUCAUGACCCGUGUAGGGGAGGAGCAGGCUACUGGAAUAGCUUGUUUAGGUUCAAACAUUUGGCCACGGGAUGCUACCUGGCUGCAGAGGUGAAUUCAGACUUUGAGGAAGAGAAUGCGGAGCAGCGGUCCUCACUGGAUGCAGACCAUGAAGCUCUGCGGGCACGUCUCAGGGCUCCCCAGGAGAAGGUUAUGUAUACCCUUGUGCCUGUACCUGACGGCAUGGACAUUUCCUCCAUCUUUGAGCUGGACCCUACCACCCUUAGAGGGGGAGACUCCAUGGUCCCCAGGAGCUCCUAUGUGAGGCUACGGCACUUGUGCACCAACACAUGGGUUCACAGUACAAACAACCCUAUUGACAAAGAGGAAGAGAAGCCUGUUAUGUUACGGAUUGGAACAUCGGCAGUAAAAGAAGACAAGGAAGCUUUUGCUAUUGUACCAGUACCACCAGCAGAAGUGCGUGAUUUAGACUUUGCCAAUGAUGCAAGUAAAGUGUUGGCAUCCAUUGCAGGAAAGCUGGAGAGGGGUACAAUCACACAAAAUGAACGACGGUUUGUGACCAAGCUCUUGGAGGAUCUUGUGUUCUUUGUGGUGGACAUCCCCAACAGUGGGCAGGAUGUCCUGGAGAUCAUGGUUAACAAACCAAACAGAGAAAGACAGAAACUCAUGAGAGAGCAGAAUAUCCUCAAGCAGAUCUUCAAACUACUCCAAGCUCCUUUCACAGACAGCGGUGAUGGUCCCAUGCUGCGAUUGGAAGAGCUAGGAGACCAGCGUCACGCCCCAUUCAGGCAUAUUUGCAGGCUUUGCUACCGAGUACUACGCCACUCUCAGCAGGAUUAUAGGAAAAAUCAGGAGUACAUAGCCAAACAGUUCCGCUUCAUGCAGAAGCAAAUAGGCUAUGACGUGCUGGCUGAGGACACAAUAACAGCUCUUCUCCAUAAUAAUCGCAAACUUCUGGAGAAACAUAUCACCGCUGCUGAGAUAGACACAUUUGUUACCCUAGUGAGGAAGAACCGAGAGCCCAGGUUUCUGGACUACCUAUCAGAUCUGUGUGUGUCCAUGAACAAGUCCAUCCCUGUGACUCAGGAGCUCAUCUGUAAUGCAGUACUGGACCCAGCCAAUGCUGACAUCCUCAUAGAAACCAAGUUAGCUCCUAACCUUACAGCAGCAAAUGGAGAGAAUGCAAUGGAGGCAGAGGAUGAGGAGGAGGUAUGGUUGUUUUGGAAGGACAACUGUAAGGAGAUCCGCAGUAAGAGCAUUAGAGAGCUGGCCCAGGAUGCCAAGGAGGGCCAGAAAGAGGACCUGGAAGUGGUCAGCUACUAUAGGUACCAGCUGAACCUCUUUGCCAGGAUGUGUCUGGACCGCCAAUACUUGGCCAUCAACAAGAUCUCUGGCCAGCUGGACGUAGAUCUGAUCCUGCGCUGUAUGUCUGAUGAAGACCUGCCCUAUGACUUGCGGGCCUCCUUCUGCCGCUUGAUGCUGCACAUGCACGUUGACCGCGACCCUCAGGAGCAGGUCACACCUGUCAAAUAUGCCCGUCUUUGGUCCGAGAUUCCUUCAAAGAUUGCCAUUGAUGACUAUGAUAACGAUGGAACCACCAGAGAUGAGGUCAAAGAGCGUUUCUCCCUCACAAUGGAGUUUGUGGAGAACUACUUGCGAGAAGUGGUUUCACAGAAUAUCCCUUUCUCCGACAAGGAAAAAAACAAGCUAACUUUUGAGGUAGUGAACCUGGCAAGGAACCUCAUUUACUUUGGUUUCUACAACUUCAGCGACCUACUGCGACUAACAAAGAUCCUUCUAAACAUUUUGGACUGUGUCCAUGUCAGCACCGUCUACCCUAUCAACAAGAUCGAGAAGGGAGAGGAAAACAAAGCUGGUAGUAAUGUGAUGAAGUCCAUUCAUGGAGUAGGGGAGCUGAUGACACAGGUGGUCCUACGAGGUGGUGGCUUCCUGCCCAUCACACCAGCUCUUCAACCAGAGGGCGAUGUGGUCAAAACCCAGAUUGAGCCAGAGAGAGAGGACAUUAUGGUCAUGGACACGAAGCUCAAAAUCAUUGAGAUUCUACAAUUCAUUUUGAAUGUGCGGCUAGACUACAGAAUCUCCUGCCUACUCUGUAUUUUCAAGCGAGAAUUUGAUGAAAACAACCAACAAGCAGACAACACUGCCAGUCAGGAUGGUACCAAUCAUGUGACGGGAAAUCUUGACUUUGAGAACAUUGAAGAACAGGCUGAGGGGAUCUUUGGAGGAAGUGAGGAGAACACUCCAUUGGACCUGGAUGAUCACGGUGGCCGUACUUUCCUGCGGGUGUUGCUGCACCUGACCAUGCAUGACUACCCUCCUCUGGUGUCCGGUGCUCUGCAUCUACUCUUCAGACAUUUCAGCCAGAGGCAGGAAGUCCUCAUGGCCUUCAAACAAGUCCAGCUCCUGGUGACCAGUCAGGAUGUGGACAACUACAAACAGAUCAAGUCGGACCUCGACCAGCUGCGUUCCAUUGUAGAGAAGUCUGAACUGUGGGUCUAUAAGAGGCAAGGAGAAGAUGGGAUAGAUGGAGAUGGACCUUCAGAGUCAGACAACAAGAAAAAGGGAGAUUUGAAUGGAUCAGAUAAAAAGAAGACAGAAAGCACCAGCAGCUACAACUAUAGAGUUGUAAAAGAGAUUCUGCUGCGCCUCAGUAAGCUAUGUGUUCAGGAGGGCUCCUCGGGGAAGAAGAGUAAGAAACAGCAGCAGAGGCUGCUGAGGAACAUGGGAGCUCACAGUGUAGUGCUGGAGCUCCUACAGAUUCCCUAUGAAAAGGGUGAGGAUGUCCGCAUGCAGGAGAUCAUGAAGCUGGCUCAUGAGUUCCUGCAGAAUUUCUGUGCAGGAAACCAGCAGAACCAGACUCUCCUCCAUAAGCACAUCAAUCUCUUCCUAAACCCAGGGAUUUUAGAGGCUGUCACCAUGCAGCAUAUCUUCAUGAAUAACUUCCAGCUCUGCAGUGAGAUCAAUGAGCGGGUUGUCCAGCAUUUCGUCCACUGCACAGAGACCCAUGGUCGACAUGUGCAGUACCUCAAGUUCUUGCAGACUAUCGUCAAAGCUGAGAACAAGUUCAUCAAGAAGUGUCAGGAUAUUGUCAUGGCUGAGUUGGUGAACUCAGGUGAGGAUAUUCUGGUCUUCUACAAUGACCGCGCGUCCUUCCAGACGCUGGUCCAGAUGAUGCGCUCAGAGCGGGACCGCAUGGAUGAGAAUAGCCCUCUGAUGUAUCAUAUCCACCUGGUGGAGCUGCUGGCCACCUGCACUGAAGGCAAGAACGUCUACACUGAGAUCAAGUGUAACUCCCUGCUACCACUGGAUGACAUUGUACGUGUGGUCACCCAUGAAGACUGUAUCCCUGAGGUGAAGAUUGCCUACAUCAACUUCCUGAACCACUGUUAUGUGGACACUGAGGUGGAGAUGAAGGAGAUCUAUACCUCCAAUCAUAUGUGGAAACUGUUUGAAAAUUUCCUGGUGGACAUUUGCAGGGUGUGUAACAACACCAGUGACAGGAAGCAUGCGGACACGAUGCUGGAGGGUUAUGUAACUGAUACAGUCAUGAGCAUUGUCACGUGUUUCUUCAGCUCUCCCUUCUCUGACCAGAGUACCAGCCUGCAGACCCGCCAGCCAGUAUUUGUCCAGCUGCUGCAGGGUGUGUUUAGGGUAUACCAUUGUAACUGGCUCAACCCUCUACAGAAGGCCUCAGUGGAGGCCUGCAUUAAAGUGCUCUCUGACGUGGCUAAGAGCAGGGCCAUUGCCAUCCCGGUGGACCUCGACAGUCAGGUGAACAACCUGUUUGUCAAGUCCAAUAAUGUCGUGCAGAAGAGCAUUUUAAACUGGAGGUUGUCGGCCAAGAACACCUCACGGCGAGACUCUGGCCUGACCACUUCCAAGGACUACCGUAACAUAAUAGAGAGGCUACAGGACAUAGUGUCAGCCCUGGAGGAUCGUUUGAGGCCUCUUGUCCAAGCUGAGCUCUCAGUGCUGGUGGACGUUCUUCAUCGCCCAGAAUUGCUCUUCCCUGAAAACACAGAAGCUCGGAAAAAGUGUGAAAGUGGAGGAUUCAUCUCAAAGCUGAUAAAACACACCAAGCAACUGUUGGAGGAGAAUGAGGAGCGUCUGUGUAUCAAAGUACUGCAGACCUUAAGGGAGAUGAUGACCAAAGACCGAGGCUAUGGGGAGAAGCUGAUUGCCUUUGAUGAUGAAAUGGAUGUGGCUGAGGAGCUUGAUCCCAACCAGCCACAGAAGCAACUGGAGGAUCAAAGGAGGGGAGAAGCUCUCCGUCAGAUUUUGGUGGAUCGAUACUAUGGGAAUUUCAAACCUGGCAGUAGAAGAGAUAGCCUCACAACUUUCAGCAAUGGUCCCCUCAGUCCUGGAGCACAAGGGAAGCCUCCUACAGGUGUCUCAGGAGUUGGAGGUAGGGGAGAAUUGAGCUUGGCAGAGGUCCAGUGUCACCUGGACAAGGAAGGGGCUUCUGACCUGGUCAUCGACCUCAUCAUGAAUGCAACCAGUGACCGCAUCUUCCAGGAGAGCAUCCUAUUGGCCAUCGCACUACUGGAGGGUGGGAACACGGUUAUACAGCGGUCAUUCUUCAACCGUUUAACGAGUGACAACAAGUCAGAGAAGUUCUUCAAGGUGUUCUAUGAGCGUAUGAAGCUGGCCCAGCAGGAGAUCAAGGCCACUGUCACAGUUAAUACCAGUGACCUGGGCAGCAAAAAGAAGGAUGAGGAGCCCCCUGACAAAGACACCCCUGCACGCAAGAAAGUCAAAGAUGUCCCAGUGGUCACUGUGGUGACAGAAGAGGCGAAGGAGCAGUUGGUGGAGGCGUCUACCGUCACCAGGAAGGCCUUCACCACUUACCGCCGCGAGGCUGAGGCAGAGGAGCACCAGGCAGCAGCAGAUGGGUCCGCCAUCCCUACUGCUGACAAGGGCCAGGAGGAGGGCGAGAUGAGCGUGAUCAUCACCAUUAUGCAGCCCAUCCUGCGGCUCAUGCAGCUACUCUGUGAGAAUCACAACAGGGAGUUGCAGAAUUUUCUUCGCAACCAGAACAAUAAGAACAACUACAACCUGGUUUGUGAGACGCUGCAGUUUCUGGACUGUAUCUGUGGUAGCACCACGGGAGGUCUUGGGCUGCUGGGACUCUACAUCAACGAGAAGAAUGUUGGGCUCAUCAACCAAACUGUGGAGAGUCUGACCGAGUACUGCCAGGGACCCUGCCACGAGAACCAGAAUUGCAUCGCCACUCAUGAAUGCAAUGGUAUUGAUAUCAUCAUUGCCCUCAUCCUCAAUGACAUCAACCCUCUUGGCAAGAAGAGAAUGGACCUAGUGCUGGAACUCAAAAAUAAUGCCUCAAAACUUCUCCUUGCUAUUAUGGAGAGUCGUCAUGACAGUGAGAAUGCUGAGAGGAUACUCUACAAUAUGAGGCCAAAAGAGCUGGUGGAGGUGAUAAAGAAGGCCUACAUGCAGGGUGAGAUCGAGGUGCAGGCCACUGAGGAUGGUGAGGAUAGCGAGGAGGAACACUCUGCUUCUCCACGUAAUGUCGGUCAUAAUAUCUACAUCCUUGCACAUCAAUUGGCCCGUCACAACAAGGAGCUUCAGGCUAUGCUGAAGCCAGGAGGGACCUAUGGGGAGGGUGACGAGGCUCUGGAGUUUUAUGCCAAGCACACAGCUCAGAUUGAGAUUGUACGACUGGAUCGCACUAUGGAGCAGAUAGUCUUCCCUGUGCCCAACAUCUGUGAGUUCCUCACCCAAGAGUCCAAGCUACGUGUCUACUACACCACGGAGCGGGAUGAACAGGGCAGCAAGAUCAAUGACUUUUUCCUGCGUUCUGAGGAUCUUUUCAAUGAGAUGAAUUGGCAGAAGAAGCUGCGAGCCCAGCCCAUCCUCUACUGGUGCUCCAGGAACAUGUCCUUCUGGAGCAGCAUCUCCUUCAACCUGGCUGUUCUCAUGAACUUGUUGGUGGCCUUCUUCUAUCCCCUGGAAGGUAUUCGCAGAGGUAACCUGGAGCCCCAUCUCUCUGCCCUGCUGUGGACAGCCAUGCUGGUGUCCUUGGCCAUAGUCAUCAUUUUGCCUCAGCCCCACGGCAUCAGGGCCCUCAUUGCCUCCACCAUCCUGCGCCUAAUAUUUUCUGUGGGCCUGGAGCCCACCCUGCUAUUACUGGGAGCUUUCAAUGUGUGUAAUAAAGUCAUCUUUCUAAUGAGCUUUGUGGGUAACCGAGGGACGUUUACGAGGGGCUACAAGGCAAUGAUCACGGACGUGGAAUUCCUCUACCACCUCCUUUAUCUGAUCAUCUGUAGCCUCGGGGUCUCUGUCCACGUCUUCUUUUACAGCCUACUGCUCUUUGAUCUGGUUUACCGAGAGGAGACCCUGCUAAACGUAAUAAAGAGCGUGACACGCAACGGUCGCUCCAUCGUUCUGACAGCUGUGCUGGCUCUCAUCCUCGUCUAUCUCUUCUCCAUCGUGGGCUACAUCUUUUUCAAAGACGACUUUAUUCUGGCCGUGGACAGGAUACCCAACAAAACACUGGAGCAUGGUGCCAGUAUGGUUGGGGAGUUCCUUUCUGGUGGAGUGUGCCAAAGGGGAAAUGGAGAGAACUGCUCAGCAGAGAUUAUGGAGGAUGCUGUGGUGAUUGAGGACAAGGAGCGGACGUGUGACUCUCUGCUCAUGUGCAUUGUGACCGUCCUGAGUCAUGGCCUGAGGAGCGGAGGAGGUGUUGGAGAUGUCCUGCGUAAGCCAUCUAAGGAGGAACCCCUGUUUGCAGCCAGAGUCAUCUAUGACCUGCUGUUCUUCUUCAUGGUCAUCAUUAUCGUCCUCAACCUCAUCUUUGGUGUCAUCAUUGAUACUUUCGCUGACUUAAGGAGUGAAAAGCAGAAGAAAGAGGAAGUCUUGAAGACAACAUGUUUUAUUUGCGGUUUGGAGAGGGACAAGUUUGACAACAAGACAGUGACCUUUGAAGAACAUAUCAAAGUGGAACACAACAUGUGGCACUACCUGUUCUUCAUUGUCCUUGUGAAAGUGAAGGACUCUACAGAGUACACUGGACCCGAGAGCUACGUAGCUGAGAUGAUCAGGGAGCACAACCUGGACUGGUUUCCACGGAUGCGUGCCAUGUCCCUGGUGAGCAGCGAUGCAGACGGGGAGCAGAAUGAGAUCAGAAACCUGCAGGAGAAACUGGAGUCAACCAUGAAGCUGGUGUCCAACCUCUCAGGCCAGUUGACUGAGCUUAAAGAACAGAUGACAGAACAGAGGAAGCAGAAGCAGCGGAUUGGUCUUUUAGGACAUCCUCAGCAUAUGAACGUCAAUCCCCAGCAGCCUGCAUAG